AUGUUUAAACCGGAUAUACCUGUGAUUGGUUCGUUACGUUUAAUUCACCCCGAUUUACCAAAUUUGGAAAAUGUGACUGUGCAGUUGCUAGCCGAGGAAACUACCCCACAUUGUUUCUAUAGACUUUACAGACCGAUUAGAAAGCCUAGUAAGAACCGAUAUCGUUUUACUCAAAUACUUCAAACGGAUGCAAAUGGGGUGGCUGAGUUUCAGCUUCCACCGAUCAAUGCAAAGCGGUCUGUUUUUCUUGAGGUAACUUAUCGUACACAAGCCAACCCUUCAACUGAAGCACCUCCACCAGAAACACCUCAACGACUGAUUCUUCCAAGACGAAGACCACCAAAGCUUCAAGAAGGGGUUACUGCACACCAGGAAUUAGAUAAAUGGCUCUCUUCACAGCUUCACGCGAUGGUUGUCUGGCCUUCAAUCGAAUCUGUUCAAGUAAGCUGUCCUGGAUUUGUAAGCUUUCAGUUGCUUGCCAACAUUCCAUUGCAAGAUAAAAUUUUCCACGUGGAAGGCGUGAUUCGUGGAAGGCAUUUUUAUCAAAUCAUUUCGCCCACAAGUGAAUCUGAUCGAUGUGUGGAUCGGAAUGAUCAACUGGGACACUAUCGAUGUAUUGAUCCUGACCAAUCGGAUGAAAUACAGUGCCUUCCAGGCUGGAGUGGAGACAAUUGCCUUGUGCCACAAUGCACAAAUCCGUGUUUUCCUUCAGGUGGUGUUUGUUCAGCUCCUGAACAGUGUACUUGUUUCCCGCAUUGGUCUGGUUUAUCCUGCGAAGUGUGUACGGAUCCCAAGCAAUGUGAUCGAUCUGAAGUGCAGGUGGAAACUGUUGACGAGACGGAAACUGAACCGACGGAAACAACCGUGCCUACUGCGAUGGGCAUUACAGAGACCAGUGAAUCCUAUAAGACACCCCGCAGAACACUGCAUCUGCGCAAUAUCUCGUUUCCAGUGGAUGGGCACUGGGGCCCUGAGGCCACAGUUGUCGUCUAUUUUAUCACAAAUGACGGUUUUUCAUCCGAAAUGGUCCCUGUCACAAUCAAAUUACAAAACAUUCCAACUUGUAUCAGCCCGGCUACUGCAAUGGAAUCCACGCGAAUCAAGUCCGGGUUGAGUUUGAGUCAAACGAGAGUGAGUCCCGGUCAACGUAUUCAACUAACCCUGAUCCCAAUUGGUUUGGAUAAACCAAAAGAUAACGGCGAGGAUAAUGAUAUGCAGUAUUGUUUUGUACGAAUGCAGGAUAAGUCUCUAGACAAUUUUGAUGGAGAUAAAAGUUUGAUUGAUUUGAAAUCUGUUAGUAAAUUGGAACAGAAUGAGAACAAAUAUUAUGGCCCAUCUGAGCCGACAUCGGUGGACAGUGCGUUCCGUGCGGCUGGCUUGCGUCUCAUGUCAAACAGACCAACUGAAUUCAUCCAACCGACUCCCUGUCCCUAUGCGGCUCUUGCCAGCCCAAUGAACUCUGAGGUCACAAUGGACGGCCCGACCAGUCCGGAUUUGCUUCCUCAAGCCAGAGGUGGUUCAAUACCUAAGGUGAGGAUGUAUACAUCACCGGUUUCGAAGUCUCGACUACGCGAUUUCUUCCCGGAGUGGAAUGAUACAACUACCGCUACCAAGUCAACUAACGAAGUGGAUGAUCUAUCUGGAGGAUAUGUUCGUCAAAUGUUAACCGUCCCGGACACGAUUACCAGCUGGAGAACAAAUGCAUUUUGUACCACGAAGUCUAACGGAUUAUGGAUGCCAAAUCCAAUUGAGUUGACCACAUCGAUGCCAUUUUUUGUGGAAAUCACAUUGCCAAAUCAAGUGAAACGGGGAGAAAUUCUCUAUCUACCCCUGAGUGUAUUUGUUUCACCUACAAAAGAAUCCGGAAUCGUAGGCUGCAUGGAUGUCUCGGUUAGCGCUCAGUUAAAUGAAAGUGACUGGACUGUUAUAGGUGGCCAAGCAUUCACUGGUUGUGUAUGUCCUGGAGAGAAAAAGACAUUCCAGUUGGGCCUUUUAUCCAAACGUCUUGGUAUGUUAAACGUGACGGUGGAAGCCUAUGCACAAACAAACACGGAUAUGUGUACAAACAUUGAGAUGGAUCAGCGGGGCGCUGAGCUAAUAUCGCAAACCUUCUCAGAUGUAAUUCGACUUUCAGUGAAAGCGUCGUUUCCAAUCACACUACCAGACCAGACCCAGUACGUCCCAGAUUCGUUGCGUGUCUACUUAUCCUAUAGUGAUGAGGUUCUUGGACCGGCUUUGGCUAACCUGGACAAGUUAGUUCGUUUGCCUGUCGGUUGCGGUGAACAAAAUAUGGUUAUUGUUGCCCCCAAUGUCUAUAUUCUAGAUUAUUUCAAAUCUGUCGGUGCUAGUGGAAAUAGUCGUGCUAUUGAAAAACUGCAACGGGAUGCAAAAAUGCAUAUUGUUACCGGUUAUCAACGCCAAUUAAAAUAUCGUCACGACGAUGGCUCCUAUUCGGCGUUUGGUAAAACGGACAAGGAGGGAAGUACUUGGUUGACUGCAUUUGUUUUGCGGGUGUUUGCCAAGGCUUACCGAGUAGACCGUUCGAUUCAAAUUGACUGGAGUACUAUGUUUACUGAGAUAACACAAUUUAUUAAACAACGCCAGGACAAGAACACGGGUUGUUUUAUUGAACUGGGACGCGUAUUACACUCAGGAAUGCAAGGUGGAGCGGGAACCGGAGAUGACAAAGAAAAAGAAUUACUCUUAACCGCCUACAUUCUGGCUGCGAUUUUGGAAACUAAACCGUAUAAUGCUCGAACUGAAACCAUUAACAAAAUGACAACCUAUGCUCUGGCUCAACUAGCCUAUACUCUAAUUCUGUUGGAUCCGAAUAGCGAAAAGAGUGUCCUUUUACAACAGGAAUUGGUUCGACGCCAACAACACUUGGAACCUCUUGGUUUAUCACACCAACUAUACUACUGGUUAGCUCGUCAAAAGCAGGGAGCAGAUGUUUCUGUCACCAUGAAAACUGAUGCCUUAGACGUGGAGACAACCAGUUACGCGUUGCUCACAUUCAGUAAAAGUGGACUUUCCACUCAAGAUCUAUUCCCCUCUAUUCGUUGGUUGUCUUCUCAACAAAAACCGGAAGGAGGAUUUUUCUCCACACAAGAUACGGUACUUGCUCUCGAAGCAAUUACUCAUUUUGCCAAACGACUUGGUCUAGGGAGUGAUGCUCACGAACCCGAAACUCUGAGUGUUCAGGCCACUCUUGAACCCGUCAGUUUCACCAUCACGGAUAAAGUGAAUGCCGAAAAAGAAUCGACAAGAAUCCGUAUUCCAAAUGGUUGUCCUGACACAGCANAAGAACCGCCGGCAAAUGCAUGCUCUACAUCGGAUAUCUUUAAGCAGGUUAACACGGAUCCAGAAAAUCCUAGACAAGUGGAAUUUGCCCCGGACGACAGCACUGUAUCUGUCUAUUUUAAUGGUUUCCAGAUCGUUUACGUGAAAAACACAAAAGCAGCUGUGAUCGAAGCAAUGGAUUAUUACGCAACAAACAGACGUGUUUCUAAGGUUUACACCCUGAACGAAUGCCCCAGUGCGUGGAAGGCAAAACCGGGUCCUUCCACAGAGCAAGUAACCACGUCAGUCAGUACAGAAUCCACACAGUUCAGUGAAAAACCCAUUCAGUUGCAUUAUCCUGAUUGCCAGUUGUCUGAGAAACAAAAUCAAACCCUCAACGACAAUUUACUGAAGUACGUAUGUGGUAGUUGGUUCAACUUUUUAGCAGUCAAAGUGCUUGGAACCGUUCAGGAUCAAAGUUGUCCGGUUACCCUGAGUUCCAUUGGUUACGGAAGAAUUAUCUCUCACUGGAAUGCAACUUUGGUGCUCGGUGGGGAUCCGGAUUAUUCUUGCGAAUCUCUGGCUAAUCAAGCUCAACUGUUGUGGAUCAGUCCGCAGUCAAAACUGAAUGUGGAGCCAGGAGAUCCGAAGGUGUCUAUUAAAACGGAAGAUCCUGAUGCAUUACUCAUUCCUAUGCGUGCUGUGUGGUCGGCAGUUCAAUUGGCUCGCGAGAAAUGGCAAGCGAAAGCGGAUCUAGACUCAUUUCAAAUAAACACCUGCGCUCGGAUUGAUACAUUGUGGCGUUACAUAAAAGUUAAUCUGAAAUAA